AUGACAUCAAACAUAGCUGAGGCACUGAACUCAGCAAAUUUAGCAGCAAGGGAAACACCAGUGACAACAUUAAUGGAGUGCUUGAGGGCACAAAUGCAAGAGUGGACAUACAAUAAUAGAAAGGAGGCACAAAAAUGCACAACAAGGCUGACACCAUCAUCUGAGAAAAAACUCAUAGGGAACUAUGUACAGUCAUUGCGACUAACAGUGAAACCAGCAAACCAGAACCUGUUUGAGGUGAUAGAUGAAGACAGAACAAGAAUAGUAAACUUGAAGGAGAAGACGUGCACAUGCAAUAGAUUUCAAAAAGAUGAAAUGCCAUGUAACCAUACAGUCGCCGUCAUGAAGGACUUGAACAUAAACACAUACAACUACUGUGCACAAUACUACACAUCAAAAGCAUGGCUGCAAACAUAUGAAGAAACAAAAGAUACCCGAGUUGGAAACGUAAGAGAAUGGGAACUUCCGGAUUUUUUUGAAGAAAUCAUAGUGUUGCCUCCAAAGGAGAGAAUCAAGUACGGAAGGCCGAGGAAAAGAAGAAUGGCGACGGCUUGGGAAACAAAGAAACAAAACAAGUGUGGCAAGUGUGGACAAAAGGGACAUAACAAAAAGACCUGCAGAAGAAUUACAGCAUAG